CCGAUUAAGAAAGAUACUUGGCUUAUAGGCUGUAGUGGUGUACCAAACCCUUUUGUACAAUCAUUGUCAGAUUCUUCUAUAACAGUCUUAAUCUGCUUAGGUUUCCAACGCAAGAUUUUAGGUUAAACUGAAUUCUCCUAUUUGUCCCUGGUCCCACCAUGCUUACACUUUAAAGCUCCCUCCAAAUCCCAAUAACUGAUAUAAAACAGGCUUAUAUCUACAGGAAUGGAACACACAAGAUCAGAAGGAUCAUAAUCUCCUAACUCCUUAUUCUCUCAUUUCUCUAACCAAAAGAAAGAUACUUUCGAUUCUUCUUGUCUGCCUUAGAUAAGAAAUGCUGGGUUUAAGUACUCGUAUGAUGCUUUUCCUACUUGUCUGCAUAGCAUUACUAGCAGACGACAAAUGUAAGGUUUUAGGCUUGAGAGGUAAAGAGCUUUUCCUUGGACAAAAACAAGGAGGGAGAAGAGAAAUUCAGUCAGAAGAAGUUUCUGAGCUAAGGAUAAACGGUUUUCCUGUCAGGCACACCCGUGAAGAUCAAGGGAUGCUCACGCAAAACCGACGUAUUCUAGAGAAAGUCGACCGGAGUAGAAUGAAUGCGGAGAAGAAGCAAAAACCAAAGAAAAACUCAUAUGGUCAAUACCAAUCAAGCAAGAGACGCGUAAGAAGAGGAUCAGACCCUAUCCACAACAAAUCCUGAAGAACCAUAGUCUUUUCCUCGAGUAAGACAACAACCAUACACACAAAGUGAAAUAUACUAUAGAAAUGCAGAAAAAGAAGGCAUGAAAAUAGCACCGACCUUGUCAAGUUGGAGGUGGAUUUGUUGGUUUUUGUAUUGUUUCAAGUUCAACUAUACUUCUGCCCUCAGUGAGACACAGAAUUUUGGCUAUUGAAGCCAUCAGAGGGGCAACACAACACUGUCUAAUCAGACAAGAUUUGUUCACAGAAGAGAACAUGCUGAAGAUGACACAGCUUCCUCAACAGAAGCAUAUGCAGCUGUUUUCAGAUUAUUCUUUGAAGAAGUUUUCUGUUUUGUUUGCAUCAGUUCUAAGUUUCUUGACAGUUAAAGGUGUAAGUUUUGUCCUUCUGCAUUCCUUCUACUCCUCCAUACAAUUUUCUGAUGUGUAUAUUAUAUAUAUCAAAUCUCAACGUUUUGAUUAGUUACAAUUUCUGAGUAAAGUCUCGCUUCCCGUCAAUCCCAUUUGAUCAGAAGAAGAAACACCAAUUUAUCACAAAAACUUAAGAGUUCUUUAAGCAAAUCUCUUGCUUCAGGAUACCAGAAUGGCUAGGGAUUACCCCAAGCUCAUAAUCACCACUUCCACCUAAACUAAUACCAUCAUUGGCCUCAUGAUCUUAUGAUCGCAAUUCACAAAUUCUCCGCCAGUAAUCUUCCAAAUAUGUCUAAAGAACCAAAUACUUAGAUACAGUAACCUCAGAUGUCAUCAAUCUAUUUAGAUAAAACUGACUUUAAGAGCCAAAGAUUAAAGUUAAAAAUGGUAAUCCAUUCUCACUUUUGAGUUUUCACAUCAACGAUUCAAAUCUCUUUCCUUCUGGAGCCAUCAAUCCCUUUACUAUGGAAAACACUAUCGAAUCAUCCGUAAAAAAAAAAAAACCUAAAAUCCAAUUUGAAACAGUUCAAAUCGCACAAUUACCGAUCUUGAGAGGGAUCCUAUUACAAAUCGGUUGACGAAACUUCCAAGACAAAGACAGCGAAAAAUGAAAUGCGAAAACCGAAGAGAAACGAUA